GGGAGUGAGAGAUCUGCCAGGCUGCACAGCACACAUUCACCAUGAGCAUCACUGGCACUCUGGAGAAGGGGCUGUCCCACCACCAGACCAUGGACCUAGGAGAGGACCACCACCACCACCACCCCCACCACCAAACCCAUCCCCACCUGCACCACGCCAACUCGGUGGCCUCCACGGCCCCCGCCGGGACUCCCGUGGGGGGGUCCGGGGUGGUGGUUCCGCCCCCGUACUCGGCGGCGGACGGUGGGGGGGAUGCGCCGCUGGAGCUGCGGGGGUCACUGGAUUGCUGGGCAUGCUCAGUGCUGGUGACCGCUCAGAACCUGAUCAUCGCCACCAUCAACGCCGGCCUGGCGGGCCUGGUCUUCGGCCUCAUCCUCACCCCCGCCAUCGUCAUGGUCGUGUUCGGGUUCCUGUGCCACUCCACGGUGCGGCCGCAGGGCUCUUCCCUGUACUGCUCGGACCUGCUGAACGACGGCGGCUGCGUGGCUCUGCUGGUGGUGGGGUUCCUGCUGGUCACCCCGCUGCUGGUGCUGGCGCUGGCCGCGUACUGCCGCCUCGCCCGCCACCUGCAACUGGCCCUCUGCUUCAUCCCCUACAGCCGAGCCGUCUACAAGAACCUGCCCGCCACACAGCACCGCGGGCUUGCGGGGGGCUGCUGCAGCCAGCAGGGGGCGGCAGAGAGCGGGGCUAAGGGCAAGGGUAAGGGCAAGGUGUGGGUUUGAGGAAGAGAGAGGGAGGGAAGGGGAGGGGUGGACAGUAUGAGACAUGGUAUUGCAGGAAGGGACUGAGGGUGUUAGGAAACAAGGAUACAGUUUAGGGUUAGGGGGCUUAGAAGACAGAG